AUGUCAUCUAAACAUUUACUGCAAAAAAGACAAAGAACGGCUGUUAAUGAAUAUUUAAAACAAAAAAUAUGUGAAUAUAGUCAAAAUAAUCCUAAUCAAAGACAAAUAGAUAUAGCAACCCAUUUUAAUUCUCAAGAUCCCAAUUUAAAAUUAGAUCGAAUCUGGGUCAAACAAGUUACUAAUAGUGAAAUAUUUUUAACUGAACUAAUGAUUAAAGAACAGGUAGCGGAUUUUGCAAAAGCUUUGAACCUGGGUGAAGAUGCUUUAAAAUUUUCAAAUGGAUAG